AUGGGUCAAUCGUUAUCACAUUCGUCUCCGUUGUCAUCAUCUUCACCCCCAAUCUUUCAUCCCUAUACUUCUUCAUCUCUUAACGAUACCGGUACUUCCGAUGUUCCUUCGGUGUCCACUAGAUCUAGACGGCUUUCAUCUUUCUCACUGAAAUUCUCUCGCAAACAUAAAAGGAAUCAUCAUUUUUUCAAUCCUUUGAGGAGAAGUUCUCAUCGCAACUCAUUACAAGAGCAGUUAUCGAGAUCAGAACUGCCACAUAUUGCUUCUCGGGUAGAUUACAUUCCCUUGCAGGAUUCUGAUAGCGAUUCCCGCUCCCCCAACCGAUCUUCGCAAGCGUCUUCUACCUCGUCAGCUCGCCGUAAUACAGUUCCCCUCAAUCAGGGGUUGUAUCCGCCUCCAGCAGGAUCUCAAACGCCCAUAUCCCUACCUGAUUUAGGGGAUUCGAGAAGACAUCAGCUUGCCGGCCAAACGUUGAGACAAUUACAGGAAUCUACAGCUACCACAUCCACUAUCUCUGCUUCUGAUAACAGCAACAUAAUUCCUAAUGAUGAUACGCCACCUUCAAACGAGUACUACGAGCACUUGCGCAGAGCUAUACUGGAUCCAGAUCCAGGAUUUGAUGGCCUCCGUCAUAGUAGACGCAGGCACAUCGUCAACGAACAGUACGAGAAUGUUGUUAGGGACAUGGAUAUAGGUAUGGUUGUUCAAUUCCAAACACUUUCCACUCUUUUGGAGAGUGUUACCAUAAGUACUUUGAGACGAUUGCUACAAAAUGAUCCCUCAGCAGCAAAUUCAGAGACUGAAACACUGAGUCAAGACGAAAUUAUGAGCCGAUAUAACGGCACCAGAAUAGAUCGGACAAAUUUGACUGACGAAGAAGAUGAUGCCAAUGUUGAAGAUACAACAUUUGCAGAAUUUCUUGUGGGACUCAACAGCGAACAUUUAUUGCAACGUGAAUUGGGGUCACAGGCGGGCCAGGGACAGAACCUUAGCUUUUUUCGUGCCUUUCAAUUCAGUAGCUCAUCCGUGCCGAGAAAUGAGACGGCCGUAGUUCCUGCUAUGAUAGUGGGACUAAUUAGUGUGAAUAGUCAAAACUGGAGACAUAGUAAUGAUGUCAAUGCAGAUGAGGAUAAUGACACCAUAUCUGCUGACAGUAUAAUAUCGCAUGUGACUAAUCCAUUUGAGGCUGCUGGUAUUCCACUCAGUGGAUCUGCCGCACCGCCAUCUCGCAGUAGCAGUAAUUAUAGUGAAACUGCUUCUACACCAACUCAACCAGAAGAACAUUCACUACCUCCGAACACCUAUAGGUCGUGGAUUAUAAUAGUCAUGGCUCAUCAUUACAAUGCCAAUGACUCUAUGCUCGGUGCAAUGCCAUUGUUCAUUAGUCUACUUACAAACUAUGUGAGGGGUCAUAACACUGAAGAUGACACAGAUAACAUAUUUGAUACUACUUCUGUGGGUGGUGGUGCUAAUGGAUUGGACGAGUUUAGAAGUUCGCUUUUCAGAGUAAUGACAAAGAAUUGUCACCUAACCGUUCACGAAUUGGCCAAACAUACUCGAUCGAUGUGCAUAUUCAAACAAGCUUCCAAAUUUGACUGUUCAUGGAAAGAGAAAACGGAUGAAAUGCGGGACGAGGAGCAGUACGCAUAUUACGAUGUGGGAGAAAGAUGUCCCAUUUGUAUGAUCGGUUACCAGGAAGGAGAUCCAGGAAGGAAGUUGAAAUGCAAGCAUGCUUUCCAUCGAGAAUGCGUCGAUGAGUGGUUGAUAAACGACAAUACCUGCCCGAUUUGCAGAGCAAAAGCACUAUAA